GUGGGUACGUGUAAAACAGGGCAGGUCUGAUGUUCAAAACGCCAGCAGGAACUGCGGAUUUAAAGUAGGAUGUCUUAAACCCAGAGGACGAAAUGAACACAACGGUGUGUGUGUGUACUCAGAAGUAUGGCCGGAGAACUAUAGAAGUGAAUCUGUCGGAAUAUAAAAUCGAGUGCAGAAACAUUCAUUUGAAAGGACAGGGGCAGCACGUGAGUGAUGACAAACUUUGCUACUCCGAUCUCAACAAGGAACUUUAACGCGACUAUUUCAGAGUGUCAUUUAAAAACGGAAGCUCUAAUAUUAAUAUAUUCUGUGUCUAAUCCUGUAUGUCUGUGAGUGUAAAACCGCGGAAGUUUGCCAGGAGUUUAGUUUAGGUCAUACGGAAGAAAUUUUUGCCACGCAGUCGUUUCUGAGUUCGGGAUGCUCUUCUGUGGUUACAUUCACAUACUCAGUGUUUGGCAUUAACAGCAUUCUCUAAAAAGUUUUCUGCUCUCAUGUUGGCUAUUUACAGUAGUCUCGAGGGUAAUAAACGUCGUCUCUGUAAGUCCAGGUAAACCACAAUCAAAUCCCGUUUUUAUUAUCGCGAUAACGUAAAUAACCAUUGUAACCAUAGUGACCACAGUGAGUGGUUUCGUUUUAGUUCUGCUGGUAAUUUCAUGCAACGUUCGCGGAUUCUCUGAUGUUGUCAAAAGCUGAUUACAUUUUAGACCACUGCGUUUGUUCCUUAAUGUAACUUAACAUACUUAACAUAAGUCAUAUCUCUGUUUAUAAUUUGUUUACGACUUUUUAAUAUUCAGGUAGUCAUUUUCAAGAAUGUGGAUUCACUCUCUUUGAGAACCGAACUGAGCGUGAACUGAAAAUACUUGAAAAUAAUUAAUAGUACUAAAAUAAUGAAAUUUAGGAAGUAUUUAAGGGGCAGUGGGAGGGUCUUGGCUUUUGUGUUUAUCGCGUCUGUAAUAUGGCUCCUUUUUGACAUCGCAGCAUUGCGGAUAUCUUUCAUCAGUGAUUUGAAUCCGGAUCUCAAACAGAGAGAGAUUGAACUAAAACAGGGAAGGAGGAAAGACAAUGUAAAGGAUGUGCUCAAACAACCACUGCAAAAUGUAAACAUAGACACAAAGGAGUUUUUAAAAAACAGCAACCGCUUUGAACGGAAAGUUGAUAAAGUUUACAGAAAGAGGCCAAUGGCGAGGCCCACAAAUCAAGUGGAGUUAAAACAAGACAAACGUUUGAAUCCAAUGUCUAUGGCUGACAAGUCUUUUGUGAAACAAAAUGAGGUAAUUAACCAAAGUAAAGUGAAUCUAAUUGUGAAUUCACUUGCGAAGGGAACAAUUAUUAGCAUCCCUGAAAAAAUAAACAAGACAAAAACAGUUAUUAAUGUCAAAGUGAAGAAUAUAACCACAAAGAUAAACAAAAUAAAGGCUGCUUUUAAUGAACAGGCAGACGCAAAUUUAGAUAUCAAAGCACAUAUACUUACUAAAGCACUGCCUACUGUCCAGGAGAAAAUGCAUCCUCCUGCAUUUAAAGAAGACAGUGUGAAGAAAGUACAUAAUAUUAAUGGCACAGUAGUGAUGCCAAAUAAUGAAGUACAUGUAGAUGCGGGUUUGCAAAGGAACUUGAGUAAUGAAUUGUUGAAACCAGCAGAUGGUGAUAAACCAAAGAACAUUAUUGAAAAUUCAGAAAAACAUGGCAAUACUUUCAACAAAACAAAACCAGAUAUUAUUCAAAAACCAAGUGAACUUAAGGAUCAGAACCCAGCUGAGGAGGCAUACAGAGUACCGCAUUCUACAAGUGUUCAGGUGAGGAGGUCAGGAGGGCAUCAUAAGGUUAUGGCCCUAGAUGUGACAGACAGGCCCAGAGAUCCCAGGGCAGUCGGACAGUUUGGCCAGCCUGCAAGAGUUCCCAGAGAUAAAGAACUGGAGAGUCGAAGACGCUGGAGUGAAGGAUUUUUUAAUGUAUUCCUGAGUGAACAGAUACCACUAGACAGAGCCAUCCCAGACACCAGACCUCAAAUAUGUUCGGAAAACAUCGUUCAUGAUGACCUGCCCAGUACCAGUGUAAUCUUCUGUUUUGUGGACGAAGUUUGGUCCACUCUGCUACGCUCGGUGCACAGUGUACUCAACAGGUCUCCUCCACACCUGCUCAAAGAGAUCAUUCUGGUGGACGACUGCAGCUCCAAAGACUACUUGAAGGAGCAGUUGGAUGUUUAUAUGUCUCAAUUCCCUAAAGUACGAAUCAUCCGUCUGAAAGAGAGACAAGGCCUAAUCAGAGCCAGAAUCGCAGGGGCUGCCUCUGCUACUGGUGAAGUGUUGACAUUCCUGGACUCUCACGUUGAGUGUAAUGUGGGUUGGCUGGAGCCACUGUUAGAAAGAGUUUACCUGGACCGCAAAAAAGUGGUCUGUCCUGUUAUUGAGGUCAUCAGUGAUAAGGACAUGAGUUACAUGCUUGUUGAUAACUUCCAAAGAGGCAUUUUCAGAUGGCCGCUGGUGUUUGGCUGGAGUGCACUACCAGAGGAAUAUAUUAGAAAGAAUCAAAUCAAGGAUUCAGACCCCAUUAGGUGUCCUGUUAUGGCAGGGGGUCUUUUCUCUAUUGACAAGAGCUAUUUCUAUGAACUGGGGGCAUAUGAUCCAGGCCUGGAUGUAUGGGGUGGAGAAAAUAUGGAAAUCUCUUUUAAGAUCUGGAUGUGUGGAGGUGAGAUUGAAAUCAUCCCCUGCUCACGUGUCGGCCACAUCUUCCGUGGUGAUAACCCUUACAAGUUCCCUAAAGAUCGUGUGAAGACAGUCGAGAGAAACCUGGCCAGGGUUGCAGAGGUGUGGCUGGAUGACUAUAAAGAGCUGUUUUAUGGCCAUGGCUACCAUCAUCUGCUGGACAAACGUGUGACUGAUAUAGGAAACCUGACAGAACAGAUUGAGCUGAGAAAAAAACUACAGUGUAAAAGCUUUAAAUGGUACUUGGAGAAUGUCUACCCAGACCUUGACGCCCCUCUGGUCAAAGCAGAAGGGCUGAUUUUCAAUGUUGGAACCAGAAAAUGUUUGGUGUUUGAAAAAGACAUUUUAUUUUUUGAUAAGUGUGAUCUCACAAAUAAGAGUCAACACUUCAGCUACACCUGGUUAAGGAUGGUUCGACAGAACACUUCCUGUUUGGCUCCUCAGGAAAAACAGAUUAUCAUGGAACCGUGUGACAGCACAAAGCCACAUCUCCGCUGGAUGCACAAGUCUGGUAAAGGUUUGACAGAGCAUGUGAUGAUGGAGGGUCAUUCCCAACCCAUUUGCCUGGAAGCUGGAGUUAAAGCUGACAGCAUCUUCCUUAAGGACUGUGAUACUGUCAAUACUUUUCAGAAAUGGCAGUUUACACACUACUAUGCUGAGUGAGAUGCUCAAGAAUAUCUCUCACCUAUUGCCCAUAACAACUUUCACCUCUGUACAUAGAUUUGUAAUUUAGUUUUUGUUGUUGUUUUUGUUUUUUAAUAGCAUAUGUGUGGUUUGAUGAGAGUCCACUUAAUGCACUUUGUGCAAUACAGAUAUGGUUUUUGACAUUCUGAAUCAUUAUGGUUCACAUUAGGGAAACAGGUCUUUUUUUUUGUUAAUAAAGGUUAUUUGUAUUUUAUGAUUUGAUUGGAAAAUAAUGCUAUGGAUAAGAAAUGAUACACAGGAUUUCUACAACAAAAAAUAAAUAAAUAAAUAAA